AUGACAGUUCAUGUCUUUGGUGCCGUAUCGUCUCCAACCAGCUGCAUCUACGCCCUGCGAAAAACAGCAGAAGACUUCGGCAGCCGCUUUCCCGGCGUAGCCGACGCUGUAUUCAAGAACAUGUACGUGGAUAAUUAUUUGGACUCAACAGAGACAGAAGGAGAAGCCAUCGCAAGAUUACGCGACGUGUCAGCAUUGUUAAAGUGUGGUGGUUUUAACAUGGUCCAAUGGCUCUCAUCCUCUCGAUCUGUUUUGGCCGCCGUCGAUCACUCCGAUCUCUCGCGAUCACUCGAUCUGGAUGCUGACAAACUCCCAAUCGAACGGACUCUUGGACUACUCUGGAAUUGUCAAAACGAUUCAUUCAACUUUAAAUCUUCGAUCAAAAUCCAAGCCAAAACUAAACGUGAGGUGCUCCAAGAAGUAGCCUCCGUCUUCGAUCCGCUCGGAUUUCUCUCUCCAGUUGUAAUGACAGCUAAAAUAUUGCUUCAAGACAUUUGGCGAUCCGGUGCGGAUUGGGACGAUCCACUGCCUCCUACUUUGUUAGACAUUUGGACGGCAUGGGCAAAAGACCUUUCAUCAAUCGCUUCCAUCACGAUUCCGCGCUGCUUCCGGUUACAAGAAAAACCCCAAUAUUUUGAGCUUCACGUUUUUUCUGACGCAUCUGAGCUCGGUUACGGUGCGUGUGUCUACCUGCGAGCCAAAUAUGCAAACGGAACCUUCCGUCUCAAUCUUCUUCUCGCAAAAGCAAGAGUCUCCCCGUUACGCCAGUUGUCUAUUCCACGUUUGGAGCUACAAGGUGCAGUACUUGGCGUUCGAUUAUGUGACUCAGCCGUCAACGAGCUUGGACCCAUUGCAUCACAAGUAAUCUAUUGGUGUGAUUCUCAAACGGUACUACAAUGGAUCCACUCAAAGUCAUGCAAAUAUCAUGCGUUCGUCGCUCACCGGAUUACCGAAAUUCUCGAUAGCAGUGCCGCUUCCCAGUGGCGCCACGUCCCAGGCGAAAUGAAUCCAGCCGACGAUUGUUCCAGGGGUAUUCCCGCUACUCAUCUUACAACUCAACACAGAUGGUUCCGCGGCCCAGACUUCCUCGCCUUACCACCAUCUUCAUGGCCUUCAACUGGUGUUAUCGUUGAGCCAUCAUCAGACGAUCCUGAGGUGUCACCGGCAAAAUGGGUCGGCCACAUUCAGGUCACCAACGACCACCCCGUCUUCAACCUAAUCCAAAACUCAUCAAAUCUGCACAAGUUGAAGCGGAUCGUCGCAUGGCUACUUCGGUUCGUUAACAAUCGCCAAAUCAAUCCUAAAAAUCGACAAUGCGCUCCUUAUGUCAAAGCUCCUGAACUCCGUGAUGCUCUUCGCUAUAUAAUCCGCGUCGAUCAACGCCAUUUCUUCGACAACGAGUUCUUAUGUUUGAUCAAAGGACGGCCGGUCUCAACAGCGUCUUCACUAGCCAAUCUCACACCAUUCUUGGAUCCCCACGGAGUUAUCCGGGUUGGUGGAAGGCUCCAGCACGCGUCUCUUCCGGAAGACACCAAACAUCCAAUUGUGUUGUCCUCCGACAGCCAACUUUCAAUAAUGGUCAUCACCGACAUGCACGAACUUCUUAUCCAUGCAACAACAGAGCCUACGCUUCACGCACUUCGGGAAAAAUAUCACGUCCUCCAUCCUCGGGCCUCCAUAAAUCGGGUAAUCCGCAAUUGCUUCACCUGCAAGUUCCGUCGCAGUCAACCAGCGCCACCCCUCAUGGGACCACUUCCAGCUAGCCGUCUCAAAACACAUCUUCCCCCUUUUACUAAUGUCGGCAUCGACUUUUUUGGCCCGUUGCCAGUAGUAAUCUUGAGAAGAUCUGUCAAACGCUAUGGCGUCAUGUUCACAUGCCUAGACUGUCGAGCUGUACAUCUCGAAGUUGCAGAUUCCCUGGAUAUCAACUCUUUCAUAAACGCUUUCUCACGUUUUGCUGACCGUCGUGGCCUCCCUCAACUUUGCUACAGUGACAACGGCACAAAUCUGGUCGCCGGUGAGCAGGAGAUCAAUCGCAUCCUUUCCCGCUGGAAUGAAGCUGACUUGGUGCGUAAGAUAGAGAAAUUGAAAAAUCAACCUAUCGAAUGGAGAUUCAGUCCGCCCGUAGCUCCCCAUUUUGGUGGCUCGUGGGAGCGACUGAUCAAAUCUGCUAAAACCGCCCUUCGAGGGAUUUUGAACGAUCGGUCCGUUACCGAAGACGUCCUCGUCACGGCAAUUGUUGGAGCUGAAGCCCUCAUAAAUUCCCGUCCGUUGACCCACGUCAGCGUCGAUCCCAAUGACUUUGAGGCCAUCACACCCAAUCAUUUUUUACUGUUGCGUGCUCAUCCGGGGUGCCAUCUAGAUUCUUCUCCUGGUUCCACAACAUCCAGCAGAAGGCGUUACGAACAAGCUCAGGAGUUAAUCACACAUUUUUGGAACAGGUGGCUCCGAGAGUAUGUCCCCAACCUCAUCGAAAGGAGAAAAUGGCUUCGUUCACGGCGAAACCUCGCUGUCAACGACUUAGUUCUCGUCGUUACACCGAAUUCCCCUCGCGGAUCAUGGCCCAUUGGUCGCGUCUUCAAUGUCCAUCAAGGUCCCGACGGAGUCGUCCGAUCCGCCGACGUCAAAGUCUUUCGAGUCGUACCCAACCCAUCCAAGCGUGGAAGCCGGCCUUCAGACGUCAAAUGUACCACUCAUCUCUACACCCGUCCGGUCCACAAACUUUGCCUUUUAGAAGAGGACGAGCAAGAUGUUUCCGAGGACGGAAACAGGGCCGGCAAUGUGCGAGACGUCUAA